CAGAGCCUCAAAAGUUAAUAUUUUGUACAACGAAACGUGGCUCCUGUGUCAUGAAGCACUCACUUUCCCGCAGGUUACAACCAGCCAACAUAUCUCUCAGCCCCGGAGGUGCAAGGUACUGUUCCUGCCCUCUGCGGUCUAAUUGUCAGACAGUCUUCCAGCACAAGGACUGGAGGAGCUAACGUUAAACAAAACUCUUUCACAAGUUCUCUUGAUUACAUUUGAUUGGACGCGUUUUUGGCAGUGUUUAUGUGAGAAUCGUGUGAUGAUUAUUAAGGCUCUAAAGAUGUUUGGUGCUGUUAUUACAUUUGAUUGUCAUUUUCUCUUAGAAUAAUAACAAUAAAGAACCUUGCGAUAUCCGUGAUUAUAAAUGAUAAAAGAAAGUGAAUUAAUCUGAGGCGUCUGAAAAGCUGGCCAACCAACCUUGUCAAAAUGAAGACGUGUUUUUCUGUAUUCGAAGGUUUCUCCCUCAGGAAAUCGUGGUCAUGUUACCGCGUAUGGGCAUACCGCUUCUUCGGCCUCAUAUUUUUUACAAUGAUUCUGGUGUCAGCCCACGUACCCAGAUACAGUGGUUAUAUGGUACGGUCCUUGGAUGGUCCUAUAUCUGCCUAUGACCCAGAGUUCCUUGGAUAUAUAGAAAAUGAAGUCCUUCUACCGCCAUCGACCCAGCCAUACAAUCUUUUGGGUAAAGACAACAUAGCCCUCAAAGGAAUUGACAACAGCGAAGUCUUCUACCGCCAUGUUGUGGAAGAACUCCUUAAGAACAAGGUUAGUAGGUUUUUCUCCACAUGCACAUGA